CACCAGCAGAUCGGCGCAAACGCGAGCACUCGCAGCCACCGAUGGCCUGACGAAAGAUGCGUCAGGUCUUUCAGGCGUGCCUCCUCUUGGCCUGCCUCAGAUAUGGCGAGGCCAUCCUCAAGGAGGUGGACUUCCAAAUGGAGAACCACUUCGUGUUUUUCCUGGAGAUGGAUUACGGUCUAGAUGUCGGGGCCACGAUCACCGUGGACCUGGUGAACAGAAAGCCGGCCAACGACACCUACGUGAUGAUCCUCUCCCACGGGCAGUGGCUUGCCUGGCGCGAGACGGAGCUGGUGACCUUGAAAUCAGAUCCCGAGCAGCCUGAGUCCCGGUCGCCCUUGAACGCCUACCUGGUGAGCUGCUGGCGGGGGCUUUUGACCGACAAGCUCCAGGGCACCUUUCAGGUCGAGGAGCAAACAGGUGGUCGGAAUCGCUACACGGUGAUUUUGGUGUCGGCGCUGAAGUCGCCGGUGGAGGUGAAGGGAUCCCUGAGCCUGGUGAACCCUGGGGGCCAGGAGCUAAGCCUUCAGGACCGGGAUGUCCCCAAAGCACUGAUGUGUCUCGGGAUCCUCUUCAUCGUCAGCACUUUGGCGCUGCUCCCGCUGGUGGUGCGCAAAGGUGCGCUGCAGGCGCUGCUGGUGGUGGUGCUGGCCCUGCGGGGUGUGGUGCUCAUGCUCCGGUGGCUGGACCUGCGGCUGGUGGCCGCCACCGGCACGGAGCCGGGGCUGGUGUCCAUCUCCUGGGCUCUGCUGGCCAAGGUGCAGAACAUCUUGGAGCUGAUGAUGUUUUUGCUGAUCUCCCUCGGCUGGAAGGUGCUGCGGAACCAGCUGGAUGUCUCGGAGAUCCGCUUCGCGGUGGCGAUCUCCAUCAUUUCCUUCUACCUGGGCAUCUUCCAGGUGGCAUGCACCACGCCGUCUACGUGCAGCGGUUACCAGCUCAGCCGCUACAUCCUCCACUCUUUGUGCUACUUGGUCGUGAUCGUGGCGAUGAACUUCAACCUGCAGAAGUUGGUGUCCGCCAUCGCCGAUGCGCCAGCCUCCCAGGAAAGCGGGAAGCUGUACAAGAAGCUCUAUGCCUAUCACCUCUUCCGGUGGGUCUUUCUGAUGUUCAUCAUUGCCCCCACGGUGGAGCUGUUCCUGAAGGUGACCAUCAUCCCCUGGGACGCUCAGUGGCUCUUCUUGGUCCUCAAGGAGAUGCGGGGCUGGGUCAUCUACGUGCUGCUGAUCCACGCCUACCGCCCGGACCAGGCGCCGCUGCGGGUCUUCGAGCUCACCGACCGGGACGCCUCCAGUGACCGGGACUGAGGAGAGCCUCGCGGACGCGCGGGCGGCCAGAGGAGCCGUUUGCCUGAGGUGGGCAAGGCGGUUUCUUCCCUACUCGGUUUGCA